GAGGCUGAAAGAAAGGCGGUGCUGCAACCUUGACAGCCUUCCUUUCCACGUUGCUUCCACAAGGCUACCUCGUGAUAAUAUUCUUUGAAUAAGCCCAAUAAGCUCAUAUGAUGCUGGUCUGGGCCCUUGCAUGCCACGGCAAUGUCUGACUCUCUUUAUGAGCUUUUGGCUCCUCACCUUGGCCAGACUUCGUCUGCGUCUUUGAGGGCGCCCAGUGACCCUAUCACAUCCACCUACCUUACCAGGCUCACGACCCUCCCGUUAUCCUCACUCAGUGACACGGAGCCCCAAUCGCUGGCGCAAACAUCCCACUCACUGCUGCUAUCUCUCCAAGCCCUCUCAUCGCGGUCGCACAAGGCCGUCAUAGCCUCUUCCGACCACCUCUCCUCACUACAGACUACUCUCCCAGCUAUAGCGGAGAGCACAACGAAGCUUCAGGAUGCCAUACCAAAGCUAGACGAAGAGGCGCUUCGGUUCGCCACAACCUACAACAAGAACACAGAGAAUGCCAUCCUAGACAGGCGGCGCAAGGCCUUACUACUCUCCCGCAAUUCGGACCGCCUGGGUGAUGUCCUCGAGCUCCCCACCCUCCUCUCCUCGGCGAUAUCUACGUCUGGCGCAACUAGCUCGACAAACAAUACGUCUUCAUCUGCCACAAUCAACUAUGCCUCUGCGCUAGAUCUAAAUGCGCACAUCCGGCGACUACAUGGACUAUACCCGGAAUCACGAUUGGUGUCGUCGGUCACAGUACAGGCAGAAGAAGAGAUGCAAGCCAUGACAACGAAUCUAAUAUCAAGUCUAAAAGCACAAGGUCUAAAGCUCGCAGCCGCAAUGCGCACCAUCAGCUGGCUGCGCCGCAUCGCCCCCGAGCUCGACACACCCGGCUCCGAAGUAGGCAGCAGCCACGAAGGCAGCCUCGGGGGCCUCUUCCUCGUCUGCCGCCUCGCCAACCUGAUGGCCAUGCUUGGUGCGCUGGAGCCGCUACGGGAACUCGCAGACCAAGAGCUAUCAAACAACGCCUCGUCCGCCACGAAGAAGGACCCGAGCACCGCGUGGUCGGGGGGUCAGCAAACGGAACGCUAUCUAAAGCGCUAUAUUGAGAUUUUCCGCGAGCAGAGCUUCGCUAUCAUUUCUAUGUUCCGGAGCAUCUUCCCGGCGGCCGCGGAGGGCGAGGUGGAGGGCGUGGGAGGCAAGGGGAAGGGGGACAGCGAUAUGCUCCAGCCCCUGCCGUCGUCGCUGUCGACGUUCCCGCUGCACCUCGUCGGCGUGCUCCUCGAUACGCUCAAGAAGUACCUCCCGAACGUGCAGGACCGCGCGACGCGCGACAGCUUACUAACGCAGGUUCUCUACUGCGCGGCCAGUCUGGGCCGGCUGGGCGGGGACUUCAGCAUGAUCCUCACGUUCCUGGAGGAGGAGGGCGAGGACACGGAGGAGUGGGUGGAUGUUAUCAGGAAGCACCGCGUCUUGGCGGGGAAGCUAGAAUCGAUGGUUGGCGCGCGGGAGUCGUAGGGGCAAAAUACUAGGGAGGGGGAAAACAUGGGCUGUUUUUCGUCAUGAGGCUGGCAACAUGUGUCACGUUCUGGGUUUAGCAUAGCGAGGCGUAUUUCUGGUGGGGGGGGGGUUUGGCAGGUGGGAGAGACAAUUGUGUUGGUGGUCACGAGCGUUUUGUUUGGUAGAUGAGACAGGAUGGGAGGGUCAGACAUGUGGUGGGGUUGGAGGUGUAUGCAGGUAGAUCCGAUGUACACACUAUCUAUCUAUGUCAACUUGGAGUUACGAAUGAGUUACGAUGUUGAAGCCACGACGAUGACAAGAUGUUUCCAGGUUGUGGGUGAGAGUGGAUGAUUGGCGCUGUUGUGUGUGGGCAAAGAUAAGCCACCGCAUGGCACGGUGGUGUUAUCAGAGCGAGAGCGUCGUCCCUCGUCCAGUAGAGGAUCUCCGCUUGUACUCCAUCCCGUUUCGUGCUUUGCGAUACCGUUGGUGCGAUGCCGGACGAGACGAUGGGCACACAUCACAUUCGGAGGGUAUUGUGUAUCGGGAUAUACUUAGCUGUUACUCGGAACGGUGCAUUUGUAAAAGUUUUGUUGGUUUUUUUGUAUGGGAAAGGAAGGUACAACCCAGCGAACCCUCCCCCCUGGUAGUCGGUCUGGUAUAUCUAGAUAGUUUAGUCGAUACGGGUUCAUACGCGUCCGGGCCUAGUCGGCAGACUAUUGCUCUUUCUACUAGUUGCGCCUUUUUCUUGGUGGCAAGGGGAUUCAGGGGAUUUUAUAUGGGAGAGUAAAAAUAAAACUUUGAGAGUGAGAAGAGAGUGGAAAUAUAUACAUACAUAUUGGUGGCGUGGAGAAGUAUAGUAUUCUAGUCUAGUAGUCGCUAUUUCUCACGAUGUGCAGUGCGCAGUGCAGACGAGGGCUUCAUCGCCACUUAAAACAUCAUAUCACACAAUCACUCAUCCACGUACAAUACGAGACAAUAUGUACAGUACAAUACACGAGCAUGACCAUCUCCAGAAAAACUCGAGUUCUGCUGUGUCAGUAACUAGGAGAUUUUACUUAAUUUAUGACUCGGC